GGUGUGGAGGAGGUCUCGUUGUGUCAUCUCCGUUUUCAUUGUUCGAUUUCUGGAUAUAAGCUCGUGAGCUUUUUGUGUUCCAUGGAUGGAAGGCGAUUGUUGCUGGCGUUAAGUUUAUGCGGGUUAACCGUCUACCUCCUAAUUAACAACUGGGCGAGUGUCAUGUACAAGAGGACACGUCAACAUUGCUCUGCUGGCAACGUUUCUCAGCCUAGGAAGGACUACGUGUUUCAAGACAAGAUGUUUGAGCCUUUGCUCACCAUUUUCAAACAGAAAGCGGCUGGAGAACUCACUCUUCAAAAUAAAACUUUCAGGUCAGGGAAGGUUCCCAAGUUCCUGCUGUGGGCGAGGCCCUUCUGGAAACAUUACUGGAUUCCUCAGACGUCGCACAUCCGGAACAACCUCUGCCCUCUGCCCUGCAAAGUGACUUUCGAUGUGGAAGAGAGGAGGAGCGUGGAUGCAAUAGUUAUCGAGCUGAGAGGAACGAAAGAUCCCCAGACCGCCAUGGAGGCUCUUGGCCCCAGGGAUCCUCGCCAGCCAUGGGUAAUGCUGAGCCUAGAGUCGCCGCCCUUGGCUUCCCCUCAGCACAGGACAGACGUGAGGCUCUAUAACAGAUUCUUCAACCGGACGAUGACUUAUCGUCGUGAUGCCGAUGUCUUACUACCUCAUGGAUUCGUCGUCAGCAAAGAAGAUGCACGAUUGCUUCCUCCAUCUUGGGUGAAACCCCCAAUUUUAAAGCAGGAGAAAAAGAAGGAAAAGAAGUUGGCUCUCGUGUUCAUCUCUAAAAACAAUGAUAUGGUGCAUUCUAACCGUUUGGCAUACGUCAAAAAAUUCAAGGAAUAUGCUCCUAUUGAUGUAUAUGGGAAAUACGGAAAUAUGCAAUGUGGCAAAUCAAUGAUUGUGACUCAAGAAUAUGACUCUACUAAGGAUGAGUGCCUGAAAAUGGCUGGAGAGAAUUACCUUUUUAUCUUUUCACUUGAAAAUAAUUUCUGUAAAGAUUACAUCACUGAAAAAGUCUACAAUUUUCUAUACUACCCAAUAGUCCCUGUGGUUCGCGGAUCUGCAGACUACUCCUCGUAUUUGCCUCCGAAUUCUUACAUAAAUGCGAACGAAUACACUCCCAAGGAUCUGGCUAAGAAGUUGCUGUUCUUGCAACAAAAUCCUGAGGAGUACCAGAAAUAUUUUGAAUGGAAGCAACACUACCAGCCUUCGACCAUUGGAGGAGAAAGAACCUUCUGCCAUCUGUGCGCGCGGUUAUAUGACCCUGAUAUAUACGAGCGCAACAUAAUUGAAGACUUUGAAGACUGGUUCGUUUACCAGUCUGAGUGUUGGAGUCCUGUGUACACUGAACAACUUCGUCACAAGGAGAGAAAAAAUUCAAGUCAGGGAACACAUAAAAAUAGAAAAACUCGACGAGGGUAGUAAGGAUGUGUCACUCUUACUUCAUCCAAAAUAUUUAUUUGAAUCCACACAGUGAGGCGUUUCAUCGAGAGGUCUCGUGGACGGUAGGACAGACCAGAGUCACUAAAACCUAUCCCCGGCUAUUCCCUGCCCCUUGUGAAACGUCAUCAGUUACAAAAGGACCAUAUCUUUAUGAAACUAUAUUUACGAUAACAUUUUCAUAUAACUAUUUUUGCGAUGGCGUUAUUUUAUAUAAAAUUUCCUUUUAUUGCAUGUUGUACUACGUUAAAGUACAAAGAAGGCUCUUUCAAAUGAUAUAUAGCACAUUACAAUUACGAUUACUUUCAAACUAACAAGCGCGCACAGAAAAAAUUAUCUACGCACACAAAAAUGUGCAAAUACUUCAUCCGUCAACCUACAUACAUUCACGUUUCGUAGCGUGUGUGACUAAGGGAUGAUGAUAGAAAGAAACUGAAAAAUGGAUUAGAAAGCUGAUAAAAUUUACUAUAUAAUGUAUAAAUAAAAUUGUUAGGUGUUUUCAGAAAUUUUCGAGGAAUCCUAGGUCAAAGACGGACCAAAAUUUUCAAAUUUUAUGUAAAUAAUUACCACAUUUUUCUUACAUAAUUUUUCAUCUUAUUACAUUUUGCCAUAUACCAAAGAAUGCCAUUUCAGUUGGUACAUUACAAUUAUUUUCAAACCCAUAAUCACGCACAGAAAAAAUUUUCUACGCACGCAAAAAUUAUAAAAAAAAAUUAAGCGUUCGUGGGAGAUCUGGAAUCUAGCCCUGCCCCUUGUGAAACGUCAUCAGUACAUCUAGCCAGACUGACGAAUACCUUUUUGUACUUUUUCCGAAAAUAUAAUCGUUUGAGGUAUGUAUAGGUUUGUGUUAUAUGUAAACUUAUGUGUUCGGAAGUAUAUUUAUGUGAUAUGAAGUGCUAAUGAGAAAUUUGCUGGAAAUGUGUUCCCCGUAUCAUUUUCUUUAUCAUUUAUUCCUUUGAUACCUUAUAUCGUAUAUGAUGCAAUUCUUAUACUUUUGAUAUUGUUUUCUUUUUUGUGGUCUCGUGCAAAUGCAACUACCAUUUUUUACACUGCCUGUAUCCACAUUUUCUUUGUAUUUAUUGCAUAACAAUACUUAAGUAUUCAUGAUAAGAUUUGGAAAAUAUAAUUAAUCUAUCAUAAAAAAGGUUGCUUUUCAAAGUGACAGAACUAAAUGCAUUUCUUAAGAAUUAUUUAACAUCUUGAUAAUAUUACUUCCUGAAAGAGAGAGAGAGAGUUGUCAUGUUAUAAAAAAUGGACUUGAAGAGAAUCAGCAAACCAGUAUAUAGAUAAGCAAAUAAAUAUAUAAGAAAGCUGGAGUAGCUAUGUGUGUUCAAAAUGGUAUAUUUUAUGUGCAAUAAAACAAGGCUUGGUGACUAAAUGGGUAUUAAAAAACAUCGAGCUGCUUCGUCAAGAUGACAAAUUGCCACACCAUAAUAAAUGAAACACUAUUCUGUCAAGUUUUUUUUAAAGAAUGUUGAAAACGCAAAUUUUUUUCAGGGAAAAAAAUCACAAAUGAGUAGGAAAUGCCUGGCGAUUAUAGCUCAUGAUUUUUUUAUUUUCCAUUUUAACCUUUGUUUUUCUCAGGCUCUCAUGAUGAUUAUGCAGAAUCAGGGCACAUAUUACUAGUAGAAACUAAUCUGUACUCUGCCUGUAAAUUGGUUCACACUAGAGGAAUUUUAUACCAUAGUUUAUUGUUAGAUUCAAGGUUUGGUACAGGUGUGUGUAUUUCAGUUCUUGCAUUAUGAAUAACACAAAUAUAUUUUGAUAAUUGUACCAAAAAAUACGCCAAUACAACGAAACGAACAAAAUUGACCGGAA